GCCGCUCCGCUCCGGCGAGAUCAUGGCGGCGUCUGUGGGGACCACUCCCGGGGGGACGACCCCCGCGGCUAUGACCCCAGUGGGAGCCUCGCCCGAGUUGGAGAAAGAUGUUGACUUCCAGGAGCAUGAAAAGAUUCUGUCUCCAGACUUCCUUUCCGUUGACCAAAUCACUGAAAUGCUAGCAGAGGACGUAGAUGGAGUUCAACAAAAACUGGAAAAGUUUUUGAAUUUCAAAAAUCUUCAAACCUGUUUAAAGGAAGCCAUCCUACUAGAUUAUUAUGUAUCUGGAUUUUUGUGGGCUAGAGGAAUGGACUUUUCUAUUAUUCAAUAUUCAAAAUUUAUGACUUUACUAGAUAUGUUACUUCAUAAUCUUAGAACACUGCGUAUGUCAUUAGAAGACAGCUUAAAAUGGCUUGGAGAAGUUAUGGCUGAAAUAGGACCAUCCCAUUCACAAAAAAAUGAAGCAUGGAAUAUCUUUGAUGUAAAACAAGCCAAUGCUAUCAUUGAUUACUUAAAAGUCAGCUUAUUUCAACAUUACAAGCUGUAUGAGUUUCUCUUCUACUCUCCCAGGGAAGAAAUUGUGAUAGGAACUGAGCAAGUGAUAGAGAUUGUCAAGCCUUCAGGUUGCCUUUUCCCUGAUCCUCUAGAAGAAGGAAUCUCAUUUGAUAUUUACUCAACAUUCAUAGAGCCACCCCCAACAUUGGAUACAGAAAUGAAGGGGCUGGAUCAAGAACAAGGCGCUGUGGAGUCCCAGCCAGAAGCCGACACUUCAGAUACAGAUCUUUUAGCUGGUUUCACCAUUGAAGAUGUAAAAUCAGUGCUGGAUCAAGUCACAGAUGACGUUUUAAUCAGCAUUCAGACCGAGAUAAACGAAAAGCUGCAAAUACAGGAAGAGGCCUUUAAUGCACGAAUAGAAAAAUUGAAAAAGGCCUGAGGACUCAGUACAAGGAGAGCGAUGCUAAACCUCACAGAAACAAACAAAACCAGCCGGCAUAAUAGACUCUAGAGCAUCACAUUUCCUUCAUUUAGUUAGGAGAGGACAACCAAGCCCCGCUUUUUAUUAUCCUAAGCCUUAGAAAAGUAUUGGCCCCAAUUUUGCUAUCUCCUGUCCCAUAAUAGCCUCUGAAUUUAUUGCACUGAGUGUAAUAAGAACAUUUUGUAUACAAGAGUUUGGAGAAUUAUAUGUAAAAAUACAAUUACUUUUACGAUACUCCUUUGACAUUUUGACUAAUAAAUGCUAUUCAUCUUCAAGAAGAAUGAAACUGACUUUUUUAAAUAAAAAUAAAAAUAAUUUUGCCUAUAUUGACCCAAAUGAA